AUGGCAAUGCCUGAGCCCCUGUCGGAGGAUGGCUGGGAGCCACCCCUCAGCACUCCUCCUCCACCUCCCUACCCCCCCAUUGACAGCCCCGGACGCUUUUUUUACCCUGUCGGAGACAAUGCGACGGGGCCCCCAGCCUGGGACCUGGAAGUCUACUGCCAGAUGCUGCUGCAGGACUCAGUCAACAUCCCCCCAGACCAAAUCCCCUGGUUCUGUCUGUGCACACACUGCCAGAGCAGCCAGGGACCCAAAGGAGACCAAGGAGACCGGGGGCUGCCAGGAAGUCCAGGUAGCCCUGGAAGAAGAGGGAUGAUGGGGUUCAGAGGUCCUCCAGGUUUUGUGGGCCGACAAGGAGUCAAAGGACAGAAAGGAGAUGAGGGUGAGAAGGGAGACAGAGGACCCCAGGGUUUUAUGGGACCCAAAGGAGAGAGAGGCUUCAAAGGUGACAAAGGUGAGCGAGGUUUGGAGGGCCGUCCAGGCGACCAGGGUCUUAAGGGAGAUGACGGAGUUUGCCCAGAUGCCUGCGAGUCCAACCAGGCUCCCCCAGGACCACCCGGUCUACCUGGCCCUGCAGGACCCAGAGGUCUGCCUGGUAUCCCAGGACUGCCAGGGCACAAAGGCAUUAAGGGUGACAUGGGUGAUUUCGGUCGACCUGGUGCCCCUGGUUCUGUGGGUGAGAAAGGAGAACCAGGGCCCCAGGGGGAGUGUAACUGUACAGAUGGGGUUGAUGGGGGUCCAGGGCAGAAGGGGGAGAAGGGAGACAGGGGGGAGCAGGGACAGGCGGGGCUUGUGGGCCAGAGUGGACCAAAGGGGGAUAUGGGAGACAUGGGGAUGAUGGGUCCUCCUGGUCCCUGCAUGCCCAGCAUCCAGUCAGCCUUUGCUGCAGGGCUGACGUCCAGUUACCCUCAACCUAAUGCGCCCGUGGUUUUCUCCCACGUCUUCUACAACGUCCAGGGGGGUUAUGACCCCAGCACCGGCCUCUACACUGCCCCCAUCAAUGGCACCUACGUCUUCAGCUACCACCUCACCGUCUAUGAACGAGUUUUAAAGGUUGGCCUCUUUCAUAAUUUUAUACCGGUUGUCAAAACCACAGACACCAAAGUUUUAGGGACCACCUCACAUUCAGUUAUCCUUCACCUGGCCGUCUGGGACAGGGUGUGGCUUCAGGUGAAGGAUCUGGCCAGUAAUGGCAUGUAUGCCGGUCCUGAGUUCAGCAGUACCUUCUCUGGCUUCUUGCUCCACCCAGAUACAUGUGAUAUGGCCUUACUUAGAGCACCUAUUCCCCCAAUGACCACACCUGAGGUUGGAUACAGCUGGGACAACAUGCCUGAAUCCAGCACUGCCAAAGCCCCUACUUCACCUGCUGGUGGAGGAUCCAGUUAG